AUGUGUCAAAUAUCUCGAGUCCUGAGGUCUUUACCUAAACCUAGGUUGACUUCAGGGUAUAUAACUCCAAGAUUCAUUCAUUAUUCACCUAUAAGAUUCAAUAAACAGCCAGAAAAAGAUCAAGAAAAGAAACCCCAGAAAUCCCAAGAAGAUUCGGAUAAAGACCAAGAAAUGAAAGAACGUAAAGAAAUCGAAGAAGAGCUUAAGAAAAGACAACAAAAGGAAAAGGAUGAAAUAAAUAAAGCGUUUGAUGAUUUCAUGAAGUCAAUGGGCAAUAGAGGAAAGAAACCUGAAGGAUCACCAUUUAAAGCUUUUGGUCAAUUAUUCUCGACGGUCUCUGGUGAUCAAAAAAUGUUCUAUAGUUUUUUACUUCAAGUCUUCCUUGGUUCCAUGCUCAUAGGAUACCUUUUAAGUGGAGAUGAUGGUAAAAAACAAGAAUUAACUUUCCAAGAUUUCAAGAGUAAGUUUUUAUCCAAAGGUUUAGUGACUAAAAUCAACGUUAUAAAUAAAUUUAUCGUCGAAGCUGAUUUAGUUCCUGGCACUUCAUCUGAUCAAACCAUCAACUUUGGUGGCAAAUCAGCUGUUGUGUUCAGUAUUGGUUCAGUGGAAUUUUUUGAGAAGGAAGUCAAUGAAAUUCAAGAUAAAUUAGGGAUCCCAAUUGAAGAAAGAAUCCCAAUUUCUUUCGAGGAAAGAGGUUCAUGGUUGAAUUUUUUGAUUCCUAUGUUACCUACAGUUUUCCUUAUUGGUGGAUUAUAUUAUAUAACUUUCAGAAGAAAUCCUAAUAGAGGUGGUGGUGUUGGAGGUCAAGGAGGAGGCUUAUUCCAAAUUGGGAAAUCCAAAGCCAGAUUAUUUAAUCAAGAAACCGACGUUAAGAUUAAGUUCAAAGAUGUUGCUGGAUGUGAUGAAAGUAAAGAAGAAAUCAUGGAAUUCGUCAAAUUCUUACAAGAUCCUAAAAAAUAUGAAGCUUUGGGAGCUAAGAUUCCUCGUGGUGCUAUUUUAUCUGGUCCUCCCGGUACUGGUAAGACUUUAUUAGCCAAAGCCACUGCAGGUGAAGCUAAUGUUCCUUUCUUGUCAGUUUCAGGUUCCGAAUUCGUGGAAAUGUUUGUUGGUGUGGGUGCCUCUAGAGUUAGAGAUUUAUUCAAAACCGCAAGACAAAUGGCCCCUGCUAUUAUUUUUGUCGAUGAAAUUGAUGCUAUUGGAAAAGAAAGAGGUAAUGGACGUGGAGGUAAUGAUGAAAAGGAAAAUACUUUGAAUCAAUUAUUAGUUGAAAUGGACGGAUUCGAAAGUUCUGAUCACGUUGUUGUUUUAGCUGGUACCAAUAGACCAGAUAUCUUGGAUAAGGCUUUAUUAAGACCUGGAAGAUUUGAUAGACAUAUUUCUAUUGAUGUUCCUGAUGUUGAAGGUAGAAAAGAAAUCUUCAAAGUUCAUUUAUCUAAAAUUACAUUAAAAUGUGUUGAAGAUAUCAAACCAAGUGACACCGAAAUCGAUUUCAAUGAAUAUCAAAAAUUAAAGGCCGAAGCUAUGGAAAAUUUAGCUGGAAGAUUAAGUGCUCUUACACCAGGUUUUGCUGGGGCCGAUAUUGCCAAUUGUUGUAAUGAAGGUGCUUUAUUAGCUGCAAGAGAUGAUGCUUCAUCUGUUGAUACUUAUCAUUUCGAACAAGCUAUUGAAAAAGUCAUUGCUGGUUUGGAAAAGAAGAGCCGUGUUUUGUCAUUAGAUGAAAAGAAGACUGUUGCUUAUCAUGAAGCUGGACAUGCUAUCUGUGGGUGGUUCUUGAAAUAUGCUGAUCCAUUAGUUAAGGUUUCUAUUAUUCCAAGAGGUCAAGGAGCUUUGGGUUAUGCUCAAUAUUUACCUAAAGAUCAAUACUUAUUGACUCAAGAACAAUAUAAUCAUAGAAUGAUUAUGACUUUAGGUGGUAGAGUUAGUGAAGAAUUACAUUUUGAUACUGUUACCAGUGGAGCUUCAGAUGAUUUCAAAAAAGUAACUCAAAUGGCUCAAUCGAUGAUUUUACAAUUGGGAAUGUCACCUAAAAUAGGUCAAAUCUAUUAUGAUAAUUCUGAUUCCAAUGGGUUUAAAGUCCACAACAUGUAUUCUGAAGAAACUGCUAGAACCAUUGAUUUAGAAAUCAAAAGAUUUAUCGAUGAAGCUUACGUUGAAUGUAAAAACUUACUUCAAGAAAAGAUUGAAUUGGUUGAUGCUGUGGCCAAAGAAUUAUAUAAAAAAGAAGUUCUUACCAGAGAAGAUAUGAUCAGAAUUUGUGGUGAAAGACCAUUCCCUGAUAAUAAUGAUGCUUUCGAUAAAUACAUCAAAAACUCAGAUGCUUUCAAACCAAGACCAAAGAAACCUGAAACUGAUCCUGAAGCUGAAGCUGAUGGAGCUCAAACUGCUUAA